UGCCACUACUCUUAUUCAGCCAUGCGCCAUCUACUCCCCUUGCGCCUGCUUGAAGAAGGUACGAAUAGCUCUAUCUUUUAAUGGCAGAUCUGGUCUUUCUUGUAUAAAAUCUUAGCGGGAGAAGAUAUCGGCGGGGGUGAAAGACGGCGGUGGAGAUGGAGGUGGCGACCGGAGUUGUGAAGCACGUGCUGCUGGGAAAGUUCAAGGACGACGUGUCGCCGGAGAAAAUCGAGGAACUCAUCAAGGAUUGGGCUAACCUUGUCAACGUGAUCGAGCCCAUGAAAGAUUUCCACUGGGGGACAGAUGUGAGUAUGGAGAACAAGAAUGAGGGCUUCACCCAUAUUUUUGUCUCAUCUUUUGAAAGCACAGAAGGUAUUGCUGAGUACCUUUACCAUCCUGCUCAUGUGGAGUAUGGGAAGAAAUCUUUGCCAUUUGUAGAAAAGUUUGUUGUGUUUGAUUAUAAACCAACCAUAUUUAAGCAAUAAUACAGCCUAUAGAAGACGAAAAAAAUAUCGCGUGCAGAUAUGAUAGGUACAAAUUUGAUGGUAUUUGGUGGUAUUGCGGUGGUAUUGUGGUACUUACCAAUCCUCAUGUGUGGAUUCCGCACGUUGCUUGAGAAUAAAACUGAUCUGCUACAUUUUAAUAAUAUGUUGCUUUGAAAAUGUAAUAUAUAUAUUUCCUGUAAUGCACUGUUUGUGUUAUUAUAUAAGAAGUCCUUUAUGAAUGGUUUGAAUUGCUAA